UGGGUGAUCCCCAUAUUGCACACACACACACACACAGAGUACGCUUUAAAGAGGGCUCCAUGGAUUCCCCAGGUUUUUGCUUUUGUUACCUACCUUAUCCUUGUAGCUAAUAAUAUUAUAUAUACCUCUCCUAUGUAUCACUUACGCGCUGGUCAAGGAUCUCAAAGCUGACAUACGCUCCCUGUUAUAAGGGCUGAUGCGCAUACAAGCAAUCUUCUCGUGUAUUGACUACUGCAUUCGGCCAUACACUCAUCUAUUCCAUUUAACUAAAGUGAUUGCUCUUACAUUUCUUCAACUAACCUUUUAAACAAACCCUCUCGCAACUUAUACACUCCAAGCCAUACCAUCAUGUCCUCCUCCUCCUCCUCCUCCCCCGCCUCGAACCCAGCCGAUCCGGCGACAAAGCCCGCGGAGCACAACCAGGUAGUUGCGGACCCCCUCGCGCACUUCAAGGCGAUCCCCUGGUGCGCAGCGCUCCUCUCAGACCCGGCUAUCCUCGAAAUCGGCGUGCCGGACCGGCGACCGCUACCCAACGGCGGCUCCAGCCUCAUACGCAAGACCAUGAACACUCCCACAACCGCCCGCGCAUGCGUGACUUUCUAUCAACUCGUCAAGCCCGUCAAACCCGUCAAACCCAGAUCCUCCUCCUCCUCCUCUCCUUCCUUCGCCGGCACCGGCGAAGUGUCUCCCGUCGGGGCCGGGGCCUCGGCCCCAUCCGGCAGCACCAAAAGCAGUCGUAGCAGCAAAGGGGAGAACAAGGGAAAGAAGCAGAAAAAAGCACUCUCCGCAUCAGAAGCCCUCCUGAGCGGCGGCGGUAAGCAAAACGGCGAGGACCCGCGGAAUCCGUUCGUGCUGUUCAGCGCCCUGGUCGAUCUGGGAGACGGCUGCCAGAGCUUCCCGGGCAUCAUGCACGGCGGUAUGCACGGGCUGCUGAUGGACGAGGUCAUGGGGACGGUUGCGAAUUCCCAGAGUGCAAACAGCGCGUACACGGUUCGUUUCACAACGCAUUACCAUCGCGCGAUCCGGCUCCCGCAGAUCCUGCUGGUCCGCGGGCGCGUGGUGCGGAAAGAGGGCCGGAAGAUAUACGCCAGGGGCACGUUAGAAGAUAAGAAUGGAAACGUCAUGGCCGAAGGUGACGGGGUCUGGCUCGCCAUUGAACGGAGGUCUGGCCAGAGCAAGCUAUGAGCGAGAGACUGGGCUAGUUUCUAGAGGUUAGAUGAGUGAGGAUUUAGGUUGUAUACAUUUGUGCUUAUUUCAUGUUACAAUGUUACGCGCAUAUUAUUUUUACCCAAGCAAGCGUUAUACGCAUCAUUGGCAGUAAACAAGUUAUUUCUUCAUA